AUGCAAUCGAUCAGUCUUUUACUUGCUAUGGCUCUUCUUGUCGGCGUUGCCUUCGCUCGCAGCAUCGACCGUAGUCCUCGAAAUGCGGAAUCAGAGGUGACUGCCGAUCAAUUCAAAUGUGCCUUUCCCGAUAUCGAUGAGAAUUUACGUAAUCAACGUUGGGAUGGCUUUCAAAAAUCUGGCUGGAAGCCGGCGAACAAUGAAGAGGCCG